CUCGCCUGUCACGGUAUGUGACAUUAUAAAAAUGUGAAUUAACGACGCGUAAUUUGCAAUCGGGGAAAGAUUUAUCCCCACUAUUCUCGUUCCAGACUAUUAUGAAUCAUAAUAAUCAAAUAAGUGUGAUACACAGAUUGUACCACCUUCCUAACCGUCCCCAACCAUCAAAAAAGCGGGUUUGUUUGAUUUAUCUGUAAAUUAUUAACCCGCGCGUCGGGAGCAAAAUAACAUUGAACAUAAUCAUAGGGUGCACACACGCUGACAGACGUACUGUACUCGAUCGUGCUAAAUGUUUUUCAAAACUAACGGCAAAUGACACAAGCCAAAUAUAUCGGAAAUUCUAACUGGAUAAUUUCUGCUUUCUUAUAUGGUUAAGAAACCAUGGCAUCUUUGAAGCUGCAGUUCGUUGCUUUUGUAGCGGUCGCCGCUCUGUUGAUCAGCAACACUCAUGCUGGUGAUCGGAAGAUCAAAACGAGGAGAAAGAGAGCACUCCUUGAUGUCAGAAACUGUGAUGUUAAUCCACCGAAUUAUCCACCAAGCACCGUCAUCUCGGAUGUAAAGUUGGAUCGAUUAAGAACAGAGAUGAGGACGAAUCUAUUCCAGUACGAGGCUUAUAUCAUCCCAGGAUAUGAUGCACACGGGAGUGAGUACCCAGCUGAUCCCGAUAGGCGACUCUUUUUCAUGUCCGGAUUCAACGGCACAGGAGGUUUUGCCAUCGUCACUUUAGAAUGGGGGAAUGCGAUAUGGACAGAGCCUCAGUUUGAGUUACUCGCUCAGCAGCAGUUAGAUUGUAACUGGGAAAUCAUGAUCCUUGGUGACGAUGAUUUCUUAACUCCAUGGGAAUGGCUGAUCCGAGAUGAUCGGACAACCGAUCCGGAUGACAUCAAUUUCAUACCCGGAGCCGGUAUGCCAGCCGGAUCCCAAGUCGGUUUUGAUCCCCGCCUCAUGCCUUACAGGGACUGGUACGAUCUGACGGACACAAACCGUCGCGAGACUCGGUCGAUGCAAUUUCGAACCCACGACGACGAACACAACCUGGUGGACAUCAUAUGGGAAGAUCUUGAGAGUGAGAAAGACCCUUACCCGGGCGAGAAGCUUGAGGUUCAGGGCGAUUACAUUGCAGGAUAUACUUGGAGACAGAAGAUAUUCCAAGAGAUGCCUGAUCAACCGAACUUUAAGAAUGUUCGACAGAUAAUGGCCGAGAGAGACUGCGAUCUACUCGUUAUCACAGGACUUGACGAGAUUGCAUGGCUCUUUAACCUCCGUGGUGAAGACGUUCCUUAUAACCCUCUCUUCAUAUCAUAUGCAGUGGUUGGAUUCAGCUAUAUUUACUUAUACUUGUACGAUUCGGGAGUGAGAUUAGAUAAAGAACGGUAUCCCGAAAUUCGUCAACACUUGGACCUGGACUCCCAACAGUGUGGCGGCUCAAGUCGCUCAACUUGUAUCGUAGCAAAGGGACUGUCUUCCUUCUAUUACGACCUGACUGAACCGAACAAUCUGGUUUUCUCCCAGAAAAUCUGGUUCAGUAAUUCAUCAAGCUAUUUUGUCUACGAUGCUAUCAUGAACAAGGUCAACAAUGAUGACAGGAAAUACAUCAUGGAACCAUCUCCCAUUCUUUUAAUGAAAGCUAUCAAAAAUGAACAAGAAGUGGAAAGCAUGAAAGAAGCAAUGCUUAUCGAAUCGUCAACAAUGAUAGAGAUGGUAACAUGGAUGCAGGGCUUAUUAGAAGAUAUGAAUAACCCCAAGGAGGGGAAUGCGGAAGUUUUGACGGAAUACAUGACCGCAGAAAGAUUGCAGACUAUACGAAACUACCAGCAGUCGUACAUGUAUCCUAGCUAUGAAACUAUAUCGGCAUUUGGACCAAACAGUGCCGACUAUUAUUACCGUCCUGAGGAGAAUGAUCGUGUUCCCAUUACAACCGGACAGAUCUUCCUCUACGACAUCGGUGCUCAGUACAGAGAAGGGACCACCUCCCUUUCACGGGCGUUCUUUUUUGCCAAGGAAGUUGAUCUGUCCCGUUAUUAUGAAGUAGAGGAACCAACAAUGCUAGAGAAGGAAAUCUAUACACGAGUUCUCCUUGGUCAUAUAGACUUGUGUAAUGCCUCAUUUCGAGCAAAUGUGUAUGGUCGUGACCUCGAUGCUGUGGCACGUCAGCAUCUAUGGAAAGUGGGAUUAGAUUAUAUUCACCCCACUGGCUACGGACUAGGACAAUUUCUUACUGUGCAUGAAGAACCCGUCAAUAUUGGAGAUUACACACUAGAUGAAACGUUUCAUGCAAACAUGAUAAUUUCGAAUGGACCUGGUUAUUACAACAUAGAUCCAGAGAGUACAACUGACAAAGAUUUCGGGGUUCGGAUAACAAACGCCUUGCGGGUGGUUCCGUCGGAGACACCGUACGGACAGGACGGCGAGGAGUAUUUUGAAUUCGAGGUUAUAUCUUUUGUGCCUUUUGAACCCCGUUUGAUUAACUUCGAAAUGUUUACGAGAAAACAGUUGGAGUGGUAUAACAACUACAACAAACAGAUUCGUGAACAGUUAGAAGGAAAACUAUCAGGCAAUGCUCGUGAAUGGAUGCUUACCAAGACCAGAUUCCAGAAAUACGACUGGGAAUACAUCGGAGGCGCGUCAUCCAUCUCUAUGGCAACCACUUCUAUCUUGAUUUCAAUUUGUUUGAUUGUAGCGCAUUUCUUGUCAAAAUAGAAUGUUAUUUAUUGAUUUCAUUAUAACGUCGCCCGUAGGGCAAGCCGGUUAUUAUUUAAUCCCGAUUUCUUGAUAUAUCAACAAUUCAUUAUUUUUUCAUCAUAAAAUCACGGAAUUUUAAGAAGUGGCGAUUCCUGGUUCUUCAUACGCAAGUAUAGACCAAUUCAGCUUAGUUACCUGUUUUCUCAGGUAAUUUCUUACUGGGGGCUUCAAGUACAUUAUGGCCGCCAAUGGUGUCGAUCCGCAGACAGUUCUGUUCAUCUGGGGGGAUAUAAUACGUAAUAAUACAAAGCGCCAUCACCCUUAAAUGAAUAGAAAGCGCGAGCGGAUCAUGAUGGCCGCCAUGAGUUGCAGUGAUAUAAAAUCGGAUUCAUAUGAAGGAUUUUAUGAUAAACAGCUUGCCAGAAUACUCUGGUUUUACGUUAAUGGAUGAUAGUUCCCUUCACGAAGAAACACGUGACAAAUGCAGACAUAGUGUCGUAAAUGUUGCUCGUAUGUUGACAAAAUAAUAGAAUGAUGCAUGGACAGCAAUAUGCAUGUAAUUGAUUCAUGCAUUAUGGAAAUUACAGUUGUAUUUCUUUCAACUAAUUAUUGAAAUUAGACAAACCCUUCUAUUGUGGGUAAUACGUUGUAAUUACUGUCGACAAUUUUGUGGCGAAUUAUUGAACAUUCCCAAAACUAGCUGUACACCUAUUCAUUAGUUGGUUGACAGUAA